CCUGGUGCUCGUAUUUAAGUUUUAUGCUUGUUGUGCCAUUACGAAGUGGUACGGGAAAGUGGCGAAGGCCUAGUAAUAUUACGUGAAAUCUUUUUACCCGUUUUUUCCUUUAAACUCGUUCUUUUAGACGUCGAUAGUAACCCCCCAGCAGAAGUCCGUCAUGAAAGUAGUCGUUGUGUUUUUAUCACUUCUUGGCAUCUGCUAUGGUUCAUCAAAACAGUGGCAACGAGAUGUGAACUUUGAUAACCCCAACAACUGGAACACAGGGAAGGCACCAUGUGCCACCAACAAAAUCAUUUUCCCUGAAACAGUUAAAGGUGUCCUGCUCCAGACCAACAUGACCUCUGUGAAGGAAGUGGUAUUGCCCAAGGAUGGGGUACUUCUGAUGCCCAGCAACAUGACGCUUAAUUUCUCCGACAGUCCUGCUUCUGAUCCUGAGUGUGAUGGUGGAGAUAUCACUUUCACACGCACCAAUGACGAGAGUUGGUUUGAUCCUGACAACUGGUUGGACUCGGACAGCUUGAUCACUGUGGAGUCGGAGAGAGUUCCUUGUACGUAUGACAGCGUCAUCUUCCCCCAAGACAAGGUGUUCAAUGUCAAGUUGGAUAGCAGCAUCACUGUAGGGACCAUGACCUUCUCUGGGAAGGACUAUUCCACCAGUCGCUUCUCAUCAUUCCUGGCCUCUGAAACCGGCAAGAUGCAGUUCAGCAUCACCAGUGGCGCCUCGGUCACCAUCAAGGGCAAUAGUUGUCCCAUCACUAGUGGUUGCCCAUGCGGCAACGACAAUGAGGUUCUGUUGCCCAAGAUUUGUAAUCUGUAUUCCUGUCUGGCUGUCUCAUGCAGAAAUGCUGUAACACCAGUCGGCGGCUGUUGUCCCCUCUGUGGUGCCAUUUUGACCAUGGAGUACACCACCAACUUCAACCUGGCAAAUUUCAAGAAGAAGAUUCACGAUGACUUUGGGGUGCGCGACAACCCUGCUGACAAUCCAACAGGGGGCCGGAGGCGGCGCGAGGUAGACACAGGCAUGGUGGACACCUACACGUCCAAGACCAGCAAGGAUCAGAUACAGUUGGUGCUGACGGAUAGAGCAGCGGGCUCCAGCAGUGGUCAGACUGCCAUAGACAUGGCACAGAAAAUUGUGACAGCCAUGCAGAAUGACCCUGGAGCUUUUGGAAUUACAAGCGUUGACAUGAAGUCCUCCCAGAAGGGUACAGGGACCCAGACCGGUGGCUUGUCGGGUGGGGGCGUGGUUGGAAUUGUCAUCGCAGUUCUUGUCGUCGUCAUUGUCAUCAUCACAGUCAUAUUCCUGCUCCGCCGAUAUCAGUACACUCCCUUCUUUUCCAAGGACCAGCCGCUGCAUGCUGACAUGGAGAUAGCGGCAGACAUCCCUGUUGGUUUCAUGGAGACCAUUCCAGGCCAGCCAGCAGCUAUGUACAUGCAGAGCUUUGACAACCCUGUCUACAACACACCAUCUGCGGAGGAUAACCUGUACGAUGACCCCACCAAGGUGGCCACAAUGGACCUCACCGAGGUCGACUCCAACGAUCUGAAGAAGGAGACCAAGAAGGGUAAGGGUCUGCCUCCGGAGACCCUGACUGCGAGCUUUGACAACCCCAACUAUGCCAGCGUCAUGGAGACAGGCAUCGAUGAUGUCACCUCUGAGGGUGGAGCCAGGGCCGAGGACUUGUCCAAGAUGGAAUCUGAGUCCUAAACAAGCUGACUGUUGGAGAAUUCAGAGGACUUCUUAAAGGUUUGACUUGAUGCGUCAGUACUGACUACGAUUUCUGGAAUUUUUUAAGAAUAUUGAAUUUUAAGACACAAGUGAUUUUACUACUGAUUUUUAUGUUGAUUUAGAACACCCAUCCAUGCAUGCAAGUCUCUUUAACGGAAUCUACCAUUUACAGUGUCUCAUUUUUUAAAAAUAUUCUAUUUUAGUGUGACUUUUUAAAAAAUGUAUAAUCAUUUGUCUUGUGCUUGUAGGCCAUUUCCAAACUACCUGGCUAUGGCUAGAAAUAGCACAUGAAACUAUGAAAGCCAUGAGCCUAGUGGCUGCUGCCAUUUCCCAUAGACUUGUGUAAUAUUGCCAGUCACAGCCGGGUGAUUGGGAAACAGGCUAGUUUACAUGUAUACUCUUUAAACUCGCACUCUGCCCGACGUAACAAUUUGGAUUAAAUUAGAAGGGUGUCUUUUGCACUCUACCACGUUACUCUCAAGCCAACAGGUAUAACCAGUUGUUUUGAAGAAGACCCCUCACAAUUUCCUGACCAUUUUUUUGCCAUUGAAGGCCUCAUCUUUGAGCGCCCUGAAACACUCACUGAUGCUGGUCAGUUGACAAAACAGCAACAGCACUGUGAAGUAUUCAAACCACAGAGUUCAUAUACUGACUUUCUAGCACUUGUAUUGCAACAAGUAUAGAAGCUUGUCAGGGAACCAUUUCUUAAAAAUUCCAGUCGCAAGAACUGAAAUUUGAUCAAAUCCUAUGCUUGGAAUGUAGAAAAUAUAGAUUGGCCGUGUUUGACAAAGUGGAUGAGACAAGCUACGUACGUACCUAGUCACUGGAAUCACGUAUGAGAUUUUUAGCAACAGAAGAAAGUCGCAUCCUCAAAUUUAAUCUUCCGUUACUGACCAAUAAAGUUUGUAAUAUGCCAACAUUCUGCAAAGCCAUAAAUUUGUUUUUCCAUGUCCUUGUUUCUUAGACUCAAUUGAAAUUUACUGAGUGCUUUGAUAUGCAAAAACCAAAUGAGGUACAAUGUCACAGUUUGAAUGAAAUGAUUGGUUAAGACCACUGAGAAUGGGUCAUUAAAAAGUGUGCACAAGUUCAUGUGUUGUGCAUGUUGGUGUGUCAGAUGGAGGCAUGAAUUCUGAAGUGUAGUGACUGACAUGUUUGAGAAAAUGAAAGACCAAGGACAACGCAGCCUCCUCCAAAUUCACAUUUUAUAGAAAUCGCACUGCAAAUUUGACAAACAUUUCAGACACAAUCCUGAUGGAAAUUACGUCCUUCUGGAAAAACAUUCAUUUUUUUAAUGAGAUAUUCAUUAUUUUUAUGGAGAGUGUAAUCAGGUCACUACGCCUACGUAGAAGUUCUUUCAUGAAAUCAUUUACUUUUUUACAAUCUAAAUGCCUUUACAUUUUGUACUGAAUUUUUGUAUUGUUUUUAUACUCUGAAUCCGUGUGAAGGUUUUGAUCAAUACAUAUAUUUGAACCACACUUGUAAUCAGUAGUGCUUCAAUAAAUGCUUGACCUAUGCAAAGAA